CGCUAGCAUACACUCAGCUUUCAUUAGCAACGUGCUAUGGUUAAAAAAAAAAGCUAGCUUGCAGUGGCAGUUCAUUGACAUUAAUGAUAACAAAAGGUAGUUUCGAGUUACACGGCGACGAGCCACAAGGACCCCCAUUCAGUUCCCCCUAUGAUUAUCGUGAGAACGACCCCUUCUUCAGACUCCAUAUAACUUACCUGCCGUAUAUACCCUCAGUGAUUCGGUUCCGUUUUAACGGCCGUCGGAGUUUGCUGCAGUCCGCAUUGCGCCGCUUCAUCCUCCUCCUCUUGGCUUUGGCCUUCGAGUAACGACUGUAAUCUUAUCCAGUUUUCUUGUGUAAACGGACAAAGAUAAUGAAUGAAGUGGCAGUGGUAUGUGCUUGCUGUUAUUAUUUUCCCUACUGGAAACAAAGAAAUAAAUAAAGGAGUCUGUUCGGGAACCUCCUCCUUUCUGUUAGCGCAGACUCAAUAAGCCUAAACCCCGCUGUAUGUAAACGUCCACUUGUUUGACAGCUGGUGUAUCCAAUCAAGCUACCCGCUGAGGGCUCUCUCAUUGACGGCUAGAGAGACUGGCCAUUUAUGUUGCACUGUGGUCGGUCGCUCAAUUCUCUUCCACCAAAGACAACAAGAGAGUGAGUGGAAGUGAGGGACGCUCUGUGGGCAACGUCGAGCCGUUUAACCAAUCGGAUUUCUCUGGACAAAUCGGGCAUCGUUGAUUGACCAAUGGAGUGACCGCGGAGGCGGGUGUUUGUUUCUCCGUUGAUUUUGUGUGUGGUUUAUAGUACCUCCAGGAUGUGAAUGCCAUGGUGUUUCUAGGUUUUGGAUUCCUUUACACUUCUUUUGUGCGUUAUGGUUUCAGUGGCUGUGGGUUGAACUUUCUUGUGGCUGUCAUGGCCACCCAGUUGGCUAUCAUACUCAAUGGAAUUGAGUCCUGGUAUUACAGAGGAAAAAUCACGAUACAUUUGGGAAGCAUAGUUGUUGCUGAGAUGUGCACAGUGUCUGCCCUGAUUUCUAUCGGAGCAGUGCUGGGGAAGACAAACCCUGUGCAUCUUAUCCUCAUUGCCAUGCUCGAGGUAUCAGGAUUUGUCCUGAAUGGAUGGUGCCUCCGGACUCUGUUGAAGGUUCAGCCUCUGAACAGCAUCAUGCAGCUUCACACCUUUGGGGCUUUUUUUGGCCUUAUAUUAACUUGGAUGUUGUAUCGGAAAGGAUCUGAGCAACAAUUUGAAAAAGAGAAGUCUGAUCGCAAAACAGGAUUAUUCUCUAUGUUUGGGACCAUUUUCCUUUGGAUGUUCUGGCCGAGUUUUAAUUCAGCACUUAUAGAAGAUGGUACUCCUGGGAGGAAGUUACAGGUUGUUUGCAGCACCUACCUGGCUCUUGCUGUCAGUGCUGUUACAGCAGCUGCUGUGUCUAUCCUCUCAAGUCACAAAGGAAAACUCAAUCCGAACCACAUGCAGUCAUGCAUCCUUGCUGGCGGCAUUGCUGUUGGAGUUUCCAUAUCAGUGGUGCAUCACCCAUGGGAAGCCAUGGCAAUUGGAUUCACUGCUGCAGUCGUCUCAACUACCGGAUACAAAUAUCUCAAGAUCCACACGCUUCUUGCAUUUCAGAGCCAUGACACCUGUGCUGUCUUGAGCACAUACGGACUCCCUAGUCUACUGGGAUGGCUGGCACAUCUCCUCCUUCAACUGAAAGACUGUAAUGAUCAAACCCUGGCAAUCCGGUUUGCUGUUUUUCACAUUUGCACACUUCUCUUCACCAUCAUGAUGAGUCUGUCCAUGGGAAUUAUUACAGGGCUCCUUCUAAGGUUGAACUUGUGGAGACCACCCCAGGACAAGAAGUGUUUUGAUGAUCAGGCUUUCUGGGAGUUUCCACAUCUUGCAGUGCACAAGUGAAGUGCGAAGAAAGAAGUUAACAGAGCCUGAUGACAAAGAGUACAAACUCUUUUGGUGUGCAUUUAUAGCAGUGAAUUUGCAUGGAUACUAAUCUUUUUGUGUGAAAAUGUCAUCUUUUAAUGUAUGCAAAAAUACGUACACAGUAAAGAUGAACCUGUGAUGCAUAAA